GAAUAUACAAGGUGAAAGGGUGGUUAGGGCUACUAAUGCACGUCGAAUGCGCCGAAGACCUGCAGCUUCUUCUGCUGCCAGUACGUCGUCAGCUGCUGCUGAUGUGGAAGAAACUCUUGAUGGAAGUGAUGAGGAGGAGGCUGCAGACGGCUACUACGCUGCUAAAGCCUCAAAGAAAAAGGAAAGGAGACGGCAAGAGCGAGAAGCACAACGCCAGGCUGACGAGGUUGCACGUGAUUCAAGGAAAACAAAACAAGAUCGUUAUGAAGAGAUGCGGAGAAGGAAGGAUGAAGAGCGAGAAGCUCAAGAACGAAAGCUGGAAGAAGAAGCCAAAGCUCGGAAAGCUAAGGAGGAAGAAGCUGCUGCAUUAGAGUUCGAAAAAUGGAAAGGAGAGUUUUCAAUUGAUGCUGAAGGAACAACAGAAAACGAAGUGCAGGAUGGAAGCCAGGGAUUGCUUUUUGAUUUUGUGGAGUAUAUCAAGAAGCAUAAAUGUGUUCCUCUGGAAGAUAUUGCUGCAGAGUUUAAGUUGCGCACUCAGGACUGUAUCAAUCGGAUAACUUCUCUAGAAUCUAUGGGAAGACUAUCUGGUGUAAUGGAUGAUAGAGGAAAAUACAUAUACAUCUCACUGGAAGAAAUGAAAGUUGUUGCGGAUUACAUCAAGCGCGAGGGUAGGGUCAGCAUCUCACACCUUGCUAGCAAGUCCAACCAGUUUAUAGAUUUGGAACCAAAAGCCCAGUUAGUUGAAGAUGUCAGCAGCGUGGAGGACACAACUUUUGCUUGAUUAUCUGGGUAUCUUGUUGACACAUGUGUACAGAGUAAACUUAAUAUGAGUAUACUUCGCAAUCGCUGGAGAAGAUCCGUUACCCUUUUCAGAUAAUUUUGGUGCAUAUGAGUUGACAUGUCCUGCUAGUGAUUUGCAUAGAGAUGGACCCAGGUAGUAAAAGUUGUCUUUGUGGACUAUUUGAUGGGUGCCGCAAGGACCUGCUGUUGAACUAUUUAAAUUUGGUACUGUGGCAAAAUAAUUUGUUUUUCUAUCUGUUCUUUUGCUGUAGCUGUAGGCAUAUUUUGUCAUAGCACAAAGGUGAAGAGUUUUGUUCCGAUGAUGACUUCUUUAUGCGUCUGUAAAUCAACUUGCUCGGUUUUAGAGAAAAGAAUGUUAAACUGA